AUGUGGCUGUUGCUCCUCUCCGUCUUGCUCCUCUCUCAAUAUUCCCAAUGCUCCCCCAUCGAAUUGUUCGUCACGCAUCAGAACGAGGAACCCCAGCAAAAGGCGCCGGAUCAGCUGAUUUUCGUCAAUGCUUUAUGGCGACACGGCAAUCGAGCCCCGGAUCGCCUAUCGAAUAACACGCUGCUGUCGUACUUCAAGUACGGCACUGGACAAAUGACGGAGGAGGGCAUCGACAACAGCUACAAGUUGGGCCAACAAUUCGCCCGUCGCUACAAGGACACUGGUUUCCUAAAUAGCACCUGGAACGUCAAGCAGCUCAAAUUCCGCUCGGUGGCCGUCGAGCGCUGCUUGGCUACAGCCGUCGCCGUCGGCCAGGGAAUGUACAGCGAUUCGGGGCGGAAAAUCCCGUUCCCGAUCCCGGUGUUCACCGAGAACUUCAAGGGCGAUACGAUGCUGGCCCCUAACUGGGCGGACUGCCCGCUGAAUAGCGAGGCGUUCAAGAAGACCUGCCCGACCUAUACUGUGUAUCCAAAAUACAUCGACUACUUGGCGGAAAGCUUCGAGUGCUUGGGGUGGGACAAAAGGUCGAAGUAUUUCAAGACCAGGGCGAGCGCCUACAGCGUCGAAGGGAUCGUGAAUGAGUACCUCGCCCAAGUUGAGACGCGGCCCGUCGACGUCAGGGAGGAGGCCAGAGCCAUCUAUCGAGAUAUCCAAGCCUACCAGGGCGGCACCUUCCCGCACAGCGACAUGACCAAGGCCGGGUUGCUGGCCGGGGAGUUGGUCUACCAAAUGAUGGACAACUUCAAGCAGCACCGCGACUGCACCGAGGCCAAUAAAAUGCUGUGCCAGCUGAAGUUUUAUGGUUAUUCCACGCAAGAUUUCGUCAUCGCCAGCGUGCUGGAGCUGCUCGGGGUGAAGGAGAGGAUUUUGGGAAUCGAACAUCCGUUCUUCUCGUCGGCGGUGUUGUUGGAAUUGUGGCGGAAUUCGGCCGGGAUUCCUUAUGUCAAGUUCCUAUACCGAUACGGCCCGAACGAGCCGGAGUUCGUCGACUUCACGAAGGACAUGUUUGGCUGUGAUGGGAACGAGAAAUGCGAUUUGGAUACCUUGACCACCGCCCUGUCCUCACGAAUAUUCAAAUCGCGAAAGGAGCAAUGCCAGCUAGGAACAGCUGAGAAGCCGAUCAUUAUUAAU